AUGGAAGAACCAAUCUGCGACGAGGUUUCAGGAGCUUCCGGAAACUAUAUAGCCUUGGGAAUAUUUCUGACGGCCAUGUUGAUUCAAGGAGCAGUUACUGCCCCUCGUGCGCCACUAAGUGGCACAUUUAUCGACGACAACAAUCCCGUUCCGAUGAACAGUGGAAAAUACAUCGGAAUCUUGAUGGGAGUGCUAACCUUCUCAACAGUCGUGUCGUUUGGAAGUGGUGCUAUCAGUAGUUGCAUUUUCCACACUCUAGAAGAAACCAGUCUGACUCCUGGAGACCCCCAGUGGAUAGGCGCCUGGUGGCUGGGAUUCCUUGUGUUGGGAACCUUGAGUAUAGUCUUCUCCUUUCUGAUUUUGUUUUUCCCAAAGCGCCUGAAGGUAGCGUCAUUGAAAAGCACUCCGGCUCGGGAGGUGAAAGUCAGCAAUGAAAUUGGUGGACACACAAGUUUUAACCAGAUUUUGAGUGGUUUUGUUGAACCUCUGAAAUGUGUCUUCCGAAUCUUGAGGAUUCCAGUUUUUACACUGGUGGUACUGACCAUUACGAUGCACACUUUUGCCAUACUGGGAAUGGUGUCUUUUUUCCCGAAGUACCUAGAGACACAGUUUUACCGGCCUGCCUAUCAAGCGAGCAUAAUGGUUGGUGAGUAUCAGGGAGCCUGUCAGGCUCUGGGUUUAAGCACAGUGGUUGGCGUCAUAUCGUUGAGCUACUGGAACUGCAGUUGUACUCUCGGGACGGCCGCAUCCGGGCUGUGUCAGCAGGAAGACCCCACCGUCUACCCUCUCCUGGUCUACGCCACAGCAGUUUCCUUCCUCUCCAUGUUCUCUACCAGCGCUUCCUUCAUGAUCAUUGUCAGGAGUGUGAGAGAGGAAGAGAAGUCUUUGGCUCUAGGGUUAUCGUCCUUUAUCUCCACUCUCCUGGGUAAGAGGAUGAUUUAUGGGUUCUGGACAGGUUGUCUUAGCCAUGGGCUAUGUUCUUCAUACGUAGCCAUCACGAUGCUUUUCCGUGAAUAG